UCGCCUCGCCUGGCAUGGCACAUGCUGGUUUGCCCUCUUCCCACACGACACCCCUCCCCGCCCCCUCAUGGCCCUGUCCUGACCCGCCGUGAUGGGGAUGGCUCUAGCUCGCUCCUUGUCCGUUAUAAUCCACCGAUCCACGAAGAUACAAACAACCACGCAAGCAACCACGGCCACCUUAGCUGCAACCCGAGAGUCUUCAUGGCGAGCCAAGCUUUCGUGUACCUCGCGCUACUGCUGCUCCUCUGCAGCGCCAGCCAAGGCGACGAGCUGGGAGCAGAUGCGGCGGGCCGGACGCCGUGCCGGGCGGCUGACCUGGUGGUGAGGCAGUCGGCGACGGGGCGGGUCGUGGAGGGGAAGCCGGAGUACGCGGUGGAGGUGACCAACCGCUGCCGGUGCGCGCAGUCCAGGGUGUUGCUCCGCUGCUACGGCCUUAGCAGCGUCGAGGCCGUGGACCCGCGGGCGAUCCGGCCGGUCGACGGCGAGCGCUGCUUGCUCCGGGGCGGCCGGCGGAUCCCGAGCGGCGCGCCGGUGCGGUUCAAGUACGCCUGGAUGACGCCGUUCGACUUCCCACUGGUCAGCUCACAGGUGCACUGCUAGGUAGUACUAGUAGCUGCGUGUGCCUGAUCAGCCGAUGGUACCCAUGUAAGAGACAUUUUACAGUGCACAAGUGCAGUAGUGCGAUUGCGCGCUCCGCCGCGCCGGAUGCUAUCCCGUUUGAUAUUAGCUAGGCUGAUUUGGUGCGGUUUC